CGCUUAGUGGACCCACUUAUGCCCCCAGCUCCUGAAUAUGCACAUUCCAUUAGAAUAGAUGGAGACAUCAUUCUGGGAGGCCUCUUCCCAGUUCAUGCACGGGGGGAGCGUGGUGCCCCAUGUGGCGAGCUAAAGAAAGAGAAAGGCAUUCAUCGCUUGGAGGCCAUGCUCUUUGCUAUUGAUCUCAUUAACAAGGACCCUGAGCUGCUGCCCAAUAUCACUCUGGGUGCUCGCAUCCUGGAUACAUGCUCGAGAGACACGUACGCUUUGGAGCAGUCACUCACCUUUGUGCAGGCACUGAUCGAGCGUGACCCCUCUGAUGUGCGCUGUGCCAGUGGAGAGCCACCUAUCUUUGCCAAACCUGACAAAAUUGUGGGAGUGAUCGGUGCAGCUGCAAGCUCUGUGUCCAUCAUGGUAGCCAACAUCCUGCGGCUGUUUAAGAUUCCUCAGAUCAGCUAUGCAUCAACUGCCCCAGAGCUGAGCGACAAUACCCGCUAUGACUUCUUCUCUCGUGUGGUGCCGCCCGACUCUUACCAGGCACAGGCUAUGCUGGACAUUGUUAUGGCAAUGGGCUGGAACUACGUCUCCACGUUGGCCUCAGAGGGCAACUAUGGCGAGAGCGGUGUUGAGGCCUUUGUCCAGAUAAGCCGUGAAACUGGUGGUGUGUGCAUUGCACAAUCUCUGAAGAUCCCCAGAGAACCUAGACCUGGAGAGUUCGACAAGAUCAUCUCACGACUGCUUGAGACUCCCAAUGCUCGGGCCAUUAUCAUGUUCGCAAAUGAGGAUGACAUCAGGCGUGUUCUCAAUGCUGCUAAGCGCAACAAUCAGACAAAUCACUUUCUCUGGGUGGGCUCAGACAGCUGGGGCUCGAAGAUCUCCCCUGUGCAUCAGCAGGAGAAAGUGGCUGAGGGGGCCAUUACUAUUCUGCCUAAAAGAGCUUCAGUGGAAGCUUUUGAUAGGUAUUUCAGAAGUCGCAGCUUGUCUAACAACAGGAGGAAUGUGUGGUUUGCUGAAUUCUGGGAGGAGAACUUUGGAUGCAAGUUGGGAAUGCAUGGCAAGCGCCCUGGCAGCCCCAAGAAGUGCACAGGCUUGGAGAAGGUGGGCAGGGAUUCCAGCUUCGAGCAGGAGGGGAAAGUGCAGUUCGUGAUGGAUGCAGUUUAUGCCAUGGCUCAUGCUCUACACCGCAUGCACAGAGACCUGUGCUCCGGAAGCCCAGGACUCUGCUCUCGCAUGAGCAACAUUGACGGCAAGGAACUGCUGGGUUACAUCCGCAAUGUCAGCUUUAACGGUAGUGCGAAAACCCCUGUAACAUUCAAUGAGAACGGAGAUGCUCCUGGACGAUACGACAUCUUCCAGUAUCAAAUUACUAACGAGUCCGCUGAGUACAAAGUCAUCGGGCACUGGACGGAUCAGCUGCAUUUAAAUAUGGGUGUCAUGCAGUGGGUGAGUGGGGACUCAUCUGUGCCCGCCUCGGUGUGCAGCAUGCCCUGUCAGACCGGGGAGCGAAAGAAGGUGGUGAAGGGCGUGCCAUGCUGUUGGCACUGUGAGCGCUGUGAGGGAUACCACUAUCAGGCCAACGAAUUCAUGUGCCAGCUGUGUCCAUACGAGCAGAGGCCUGACCACAACCGCACUGGCUGCCAGCCCAUCCCUAUCAUUAAGCUGGAGUGGCACUCUGCCUGGGCCGUGGUACCUGUUUUCAUCGCCAUUCUGGGUAUCAUAGCCACCACAUUUGUGAUAAUCACCUUCAUACGCUACAAUGACACACCAAUUGUACGUGCCUCAGGCAGGGAGAUGAGCUAUGUGUUGCUUACAGGAAUAUUCCUCUGCUACAUCACAACGUUUCCUAUGAUCGCAGCACCCGAAGUGGCUGUGUGCUCCUUCCGCAGGCUCUUCCUCGGCCUGGGAAUGUGCUUCAGUUAUGCCGCACUGCUCACUAAGACCAACCGCAUUCACCGCAUCUUUGAGCAGGGAAAGCGCUCUGUGGCGGCGCCGCGUUUCAUCAGCCCUGCCUCCCAGCUGUUCAUCACCUUCAGCCUAAUCUCAGUGCAGCUCAUGGGUGUGCUGGUGUGGUUCGUCGCCGAUCCCCCACACACUUUUGUGGAUUAUGGUGAGCAGCGCACGCAGGACCCUGAAAACGCCCGUGGCGUGCUCAAAUGCGACAUAUCGGAUCUCUCGCUCAUCUGUUCGUUAGGCUAUAGCAUUCUCUUAAUGGUCACAUGCACUGUUUAUGCCAUCAAAACCAGAGGAGUACCAGAGACCUUCAAUGAGGCCAAGCCCAUUGGAUUUACUAUGUACACCACCUGCAUCAUUUGGCUUGCCUUCAUACCAAUCUUCUUUGGGACGGCACAAUCUGCAGAACGGAUGUACAUCCAGACAACCACUCUGACCAUGUCUCUGAGCCUGAGUGCAUCUGUGUCACUGGGAAUGCUCUACAUGCCCAAAGUCUAUAUAAUUAUCUUUCACCCUGAGCAAAACGUGCCCAAACGCAAGCGCAGCUUCAAGGCUAUUGUCACAGCUGCCACCAUGUCCAGCAAGCUCAGUCAACUGGCCAGUGAAAGGCCAAACGGAGAGGUGAAAACUGAGCUCUGUGAGAGUGUGGACAACAGCACAUUACCCACCAAAACAACGUAUGUCAGCUAUACCAAUCAUGCCAUGUGA